CAGUUUGCAAAUAUUUAAGACAUUAUAUACUUAUGCAGUUAACUGCAAUCUACAAAGACUUUAGAUCUACAAGAUCAUACAUCUUUUUUGUCAUUCACUGUUUAUUGAUUUUGUUGGACAAUCAAUCAGAUUUGAACCAAAACAAGAAAUUCGCAUUGCCCAGGAACACCCAAUCCCUUCCCACAUACAUCUUUUUUUAUAAUCAUACAUCUUAUAUUAACCUUUUAUCUCAGUGUUUAUAAGUCAAACAAAUAUACAAGGCUUUGACAAUAAAUUCCACAAUGAGUGUAAGUGCCAAGGUCAUUGCAUGAAUAACAGAAUGGAGCUGCCAAUGUUGUUGGAUACAAAAGUGAUAAUAUUCCAAUAAGGGGUUGCAUGAUAAGAUAAGAUGUGAGCUUAGAAUUAAGAUGGGUAUACUGUAUAAUGAUUUACAACCACAGUGGAGUUAGCAUUACAUUCAAGUAACUUAUAUUGGACAGUUUUACUGUCUACUUUAUAAGGGUGAAUAACAACUACAGUAUCUUCAUCUUAUGCUCUCGGAUCUACGUGGCCAUGGCAGACAUGGAACCUGAAGCCCUGAAAAUGAAGCGGGAAAUUGGGUUGAUUGGCGGUGUAGCACUAGUUUCAGGAACUAUGAUCGGAUCCGGUAUAUUCAUGUCCCCACAGUUUGUACUGGCCUACGUGGGAAGCCCUGGAGCAAGUCUGGUGAUCUGGGCUCUCUCAGGAGUUGUAGCUAUGUUUGCAGCGCUGUCCUAUACCGAGCUUGGGACAGUCAUUUGUGAAUCUGGUGGGGAGUUCAUCUACAUACUGAGGAUCUACGGUUCAUGUCCUGCUUUCUUUGCAGCAGUCACCUUUAUCCUGGUUGUGAAGCCGUUCAGCAUUGCAGCAAUGGCAAUUAGCAUUGCAGAGUAUGUUAUAGCACCCUUUUACACCGACUGCCAUCCUCCUCAGCUGAUAGUGAAGUGUACUGCAGCUGUGACUAUACUGGUUGUUGCCAUAGCCAACAUCUUGAAUGUCCGGAUUGCCAUCAGAAUCCAAGUGGUCUUCUUGGUGGCCAAGGUGCUGACGUUGACAUUAAUCGUAAUUGGAGGGAUAGUGGAGCUCGUGCAGAGCAGCAGUGUCAUUGUGGAAAAUUUAAAAGUUGAGAAUGCAUUUAAAGGCACUCAGUACUCUUUGAGCACUCUAGGAAUGGCUUUUUAUCAAGGACUCUGGUCUUACGCUGGCUGGUACAACUUGAACUAUGUCACAGAGGAGCUGAAAAGACCAGAGGUGAAUCUUCCUAGGGCGGUUGUGAUAGCCAUUUCUCUGGUGACUGGCUUGUAUCUGCUGGUGAAUGUGAGCUACCUGACGGUAAUGACGCCUGAAGAGCUCAUGUCCUCCAACGCAGUAGCAGUAACCUGGGGGAAUAAGGUGUUAGGAAGCUGGGGCUGGAUCAUGUCUGUGGCUGCGGCAUUGUCUGCUUUUGGUUCACUGAACGGGACGUUCUUCAGUGGUGGCCGUGUGUGCUUUGUUGCUGCCAGGGAAGGACACAUGCCCGAUAUUCUGGCCAUGGCUCACGUCCGCAGACUGACUCCAUCUCCAGCCCUGAUCUUCACCACUGUUGUGUCUCUGGUGGUGCUGAUCCCUGGAGACUUCCAGAGUAUUGUCAACUUCUUCAGUUUUACUGCCUGGUUUUUCUACGCCGUCACCCUAUCUGGACUUCUCUAUCUCAAGAUUAAGAAGCCGGAGCUCCCCAGGCCUUACAGGGUUCCCAUUAUACUCCCCAUACUGGUCCUCCUUGCGGGAAUAUUCCUUGUGCUGGCACCCAUCAUAGAUGAUCCUCAGAUUGAAUACCUCUAUGUGACUUUAUUUAUCUUGAGUGGAGCUAUAGUCUACGUACCCUUCAUCCAUUACAAGCUCUGCCCAGGACUGUUGACCAAGUUAACAGUGUUCCUGCAGCUGUUCUUAGAGGUCGCCCCGGCAGAGAAAAACCUGUGAUUUGGGCAGAAAAAUCCAGAAGAAAGAGGUGUUCUUCCAGUUUUAUUGCUUGUGCUCUUUAACUACACCUGUUUUUGCUCUGACACUCAUGAAACAUUGCAGUCUACAUUCAAUAGCCACUUAGUAUAAGAUUCCAGAUCAAAGAUACAUAAACAUGUAUUUUGAAGAAAAAUGUUGUAACAACAAAAAAAUGGGGUCGUACAACAAUUUUCCAAUUUAAUGUUAAGUGUUUUCUUGAAUGAUAAGGCAUAUUGAUAUUGGGGGAGCAAGAAGAGUUGUCACUGACAGGGACUCCUUUUCCUGCACAAGACAUAAAUACUGGAAAAAGCACCACAAGCUGCAAUAACUUUUUAGCUGUGCUUUAACUUAUCUAAAGCCGGGAGGCGGCUUCAGCUUCAAGGUGUGUGAAACAAGAACCAACCUGCAGCAUCUUUUGUCAUUACAGUUACUGUUUUAAAUAAUAUGUUACAGUUUUGAAGAACUGUAUGUGACUUAUGAUUAUUUUUUUUAUUUUUUUUAAAUGAUGCUCAACAACUGCGCUUCGGAAAACCGUGUAUGAAAAGAAAACAAGGCUGGUCUCUCAACAACAUUGGAUGGAUUGCCAUGAAAUUUUGUAUAAACAUUUCUACCUCCUUAAGAAUUUAUUGAAAAUAAUUUGGGUGAUCAAUUUAAUCUACAACACCAACAGGUCAAAAUUUCAAUUAGUCCAAUAUUUGGGUUUAUGACCAGAAUCUGCAAAACUAAUGAAAUUCCCAUCAGCCUCAGAUGUACUAGCAAAUGUACUAGCCUGCUGACAUGCAAAAUUAAGAUGAUGAACAUUGGAAAAUAUUGUAUCUAAUAAACAUCAGUAUGUUAGCAUUGUCA